UAACUAUUGUCAGUGAAAAAUGCAAAUGGCGGCAAUUAUUCGUACUCAAUCUUAUUUAUUUUUGUGAUGAGUGAAAAAAUAGACAAAUUUUCCAUUGCAAGAACGUGCAAAAGGACUCUUAUUGAGGAUGUGAUUGUUUGCAGUUGCGUGUUGUUUUCAGUGUAACCCCCAAUGUGCCCCCAAAAGACUGCAGAAAAGGCCACCACCGUUUUGAACAAUUUUUUUUUCGAUGAAAGAAAAGUGACGGAAGAGAAGUGAGCGAUCCGAAAGAGAAGAUUCUCAUGCAAAAAGUUUUUCACACACACACAACAUAAAUCGUCGUGGAUUUUUGUACGGAACCCAGUCACGGGAAUCACGGUGGGGCACCAGGGGUAGCCCCCUUGAUUAAUCAUCUUGGAGAAAAGGCGUCGAAAAAGCGUCAAAGAGUUUUCGGGAGAAGAAGAGAAGAAAAAAAAGGGGGAGAGAAAAGAAAAGAUAUCCAUUGCUCGUAGAAGAGACAGACACACACGGAGAAGACGCAGACGGAAGAACAAAUAUGUGGUGGUGUUGAAUGUUGUGCAAAAUGUGCAUGUAAAGAAGAGAAGAAAGAAGUUGCUGACAAUAAUUUUGCCCAUUUGUGUGCCCCUGUUUACACGGCAAAGAAUCCCUUUUCUGCAUAGAGAGUAAUAUUGUUGGAUGUCCCUCUAUAUUGAUUGUGUGUGGGCACCCCCGCGCUCAUCAUCAAAGCCCACCCACCCCCUCACUCAAGAACAACGACAAAGCACAACGUAAGGUUGUAAGGUAUUACAGUUUAUAUUUAUAUAUAUAGAGAGAAAUUCUCACAACCUUAGAGACCGUAUAAAUGCGUCCUGUGUACAAAUAGAACAAGGAGCAACAAAUAAAGAGAAGCGACUGUUGAAUAAUCUCAAGCACAAUCGCGCAAAAAAAGGGCGCGCACGAGCGCUACGGCAGAUGUGGUGGUUGAAAUUAAGUCAAUUCCGGAGUACCACUGUCCCUGCGAAGGUAUCACCUGUGGUGAUUGCACAUGAAUCGCAAGGAAUACACCAAAUAUCUUGUUGGUGCACCAAGGAGGCUCAAAAGGAAAGCAAGCAGGGAACCUUUGGGUGCUGACUGCACUGCCUUACUAAAUGUCUGGGUGAUAUGUGACGAAAAUGUCGAAAAAUAGAAUGGAUGAUUCUGAGAGAAUGGAGCGCAGAGAAAGGGAUAAACAAGCAAGAGCAUUGCUUUCUGCCCAAGUACCAGAAGCAGAAUCAACACAACUUUUUGCUGCACCGAUCCGGCUUUCGCCAUCUGAGGGUGAUCGCCGGAUCCAGUCAAAAUUGGGUGAUUUUUCUGUGGCAAAACAUUUGAUGGAAGACCAUAAGCGUCUAUUUGGUGUAUCACAAACCCCACAGACGCCACGUCAAUUUCCAUCACAGAGCAGCAGCAGUAGUAGUGGCAACAGCAGUAGUGGCAGCGGCAGUAGCAAUUCCACCUCGUCCUCCUCUUCAUCAUCUGUAGCCCUGUCUAACCAGUCACAACAGCAAUUAGCAACGAGCAGCAGUAGCAAUAAUAGUUGUGCAACGACGGGACCAGGAACCACAAAUAGUGGGAAUAGUAAUAAUGGCACAAUACCCAACAAUCGUGCCUCAACGCAACAUUACUAUCAGCAACAACCACCGCGAUUCCCAAAGCCAGCUGAUAGUAAAUCGGCCUACAAUGGUAGAGGUGUCUACCAAGGACAAUUUGUCAAGCACGAUAUCCAUUCGGGCGCCAUGAGUGCUCCAAAGGCUCCUGGACCACCACCACCUCUGUCAUCGUCGUCGUCGUCGUCGUCCCAGCAGUUGGGGGGUCAUCUGCCAAAUGGACGUACAAUGGGUGACAAGCAAUCCACAGCAAUGAUACCAAAUGGUAGCCUCAGAGGUACAUUGAAGCCAUCACGGCUACCAAUGACCUCAAUUCCACCAGUUAAUCCUCUGGGGACGCCGGCAAGUGUGGGCGAAGUGAGGGAUAUUCUAAAGGAAAUGACUGAGACGGUGACACCAGUUACGGGAAUUGCAGCAACACCUCGCACAGAAUUUGAUACGAAAUUUGCAUUUGGUGCUGCAGGAUUGCCUCAAUACAAGUAUACGGAACUACCUCCACUGUUUACACCUACCGCCAAUCGAAGUUCCUCAAGACCAAAUGAUCUCGUGAAUGAACCCAAUGUCUCCGAUAGUGACGAUGGGGAGCGCAAAAAGCAAACAACAGAGGCAAUGUCUCCAAACAAUGAUAAUUCAAGUGAGAGUGAUGAAUCUGCAUCAAGUGGAGAAUCCUCGAGCGAAGAAUCAAAUAACGGAAUGAAGUUAGAACCAACAAACCAAAAUAGUCCAUCGUCGAAAUUGGAACAGUGGAGUUUGAUAAAAUUUGUAAAUCCACAUGUGCAAAAUGAUGCAUCGCAACCACUAACACAGGAACCAUCACCGCAAAUGGCGAUAAAGAAUGAACGCGAUGAGGAGAAUCAAGCGUUUCAGGCUCAGGCGCAUCUUAUAAAACAGGAACUAUACCAAACGGAGGUGAAUGAGGAGAGUCAUGAUGUACAGCAAAUUCCAUCGAGUGAUACCAAUACGAGGUAUGAGCAAUCAUUGGCAAUACCCACGGUGACGAAAAGCCCAUCAAAGAGUCCCGAUGCACAUAGUAAUUCCGAAAAUUUUGAAUCUGAUGAAAUUGAGAGUGUUCUGGCUGAAGUGAAGGAGAUUGCCACGAUAAAGCCAAUCUCAAGUUUCUCCGAUACAGAUGAAAAGGUAACGGAGAAAUGCGUGAAGAAGGUGCGUGAUAAGCGCCGAAGACGCUCACAUCAGACAGCAGCAACACCACAAAGUGAUUCAAGUGAUGAUGAUGGUGGUUUUGGGAGUACAGGGAAGAGUAGGAGUCGCUCAAAGUCCACCGAUAAGGAGAUGAUGCGUGUGCGGAGGACACAAAAGAAGAAGCAAAUUGGUGCAACAGCGACGACAGCGGUGUCAAUUGGUAGUGGACCUAAUGCCGUAGUGACAAAUACAGUGCCUAAAUCAACCCCACCAGCUACAAAGAAGGAAGCAGCAGCAGCAGCAGCAUCCAAGGGUACGAAGAAGGUGAUAACACGACGUUUGGGUGGAGGAGCACGAAGGAAUUCAGCUGUGAAGAGUCGUGAAACAUUGGAAACAACAUCAUCAUCCAGUGAUGAUGAUAGCCCCAAUAAUAGUGACGGUGGUAAUGUGCGCAAUGAGGAUUUUGAUUUGAAUCUCGAUGAUGGGAAGACAACAAGAGUGCCUGGAAAGAUUACCAAUAAGCAUCACGCAGUUAGUUUAAUGGCAGUCACACAGAAUCGUCCAUCAUCGCGGGGGCAUGCGAAGCAAUCUAAUGAUGAUAAUUCGUCAAUUUCAUCAACAACAAGUCGCGAAGAACACCUUUCAUCACCCCGAAGUGCUGCACGUCCCUCAGUAUCGCCGCGAAAUCGUCUUUUAUCACCCAUAAGUAAACUCUCGUCGUCCUGUGAUGAAAAUUCAGAUGCAACUGAUAGCGAUAGUAUUCGGGAAGAGAGGAAAAUUCGGGAUAAGACAAAAAGUGAUAAAAAUAAAAGUGAUACACUGCGGAAGCUCUUUUCGGGCUUUAAAGGUGAAGGCGGUGCCAAAGGAAAGGGUCAAGUGGUGAUUGUUGAUCAUUCAGAAGAUUCUCACUCAAAAGAUGAGGGAUUUGCAUCGGAGAAAUUCCUUUCGCCGUAUUCAUCAAAAUACGGUGGUGCAGGCAGCAUAGGUGGGGGGAAUGUGACAAAAGUAUCUGCGAGUGAUCAAAGUGCAACAGUUGCAGUGAAGCAAUUACUGUGUAGAAUUGAUUUGUCACGCCUCAAGCGGAUACCACAUCCAUCACCAAAUCAAGUGUUGCCUGUUGUGCAAAAGAGCCCAAGAAAAGGGUCAAAGCAUCAUGGGGAGCCAAAGAGUCCAACAACGUGGAGUCAAUCACGUGGUGGAAAGAAUUCUAGCAGUGAAGGUGGUAAAGGUGCAUCACGUCAAGAUGGGAAUCAGGUGGAGAAUGGGAGACUUGUGGGGAUGGCAGCAGGAGGAGUAGUACAAGAAGGCAAUAAUAAAACAACAACAACAACAUGUGAUCAAUUGAUGGUGAAUCGUAUCAAUGCGACAACAGCAACGACACUAUCACUGUCCCAAGUGACACAAUCACCGAAAAAUUUGCCAAAUGAUCACAAAUCAACCCACAAUAAUAACAAUAAUAAUAAUAACAGUAUAAAGAGGGAAUCCAUCAAGUCUGAAUACACAAAUUCCGACAUCACGGGCAAUUCACCACGAAUUGAUGACAAAGGUAGCCUAUACGGUGGGAAACUUGGCACCUUCAAUGGUGGCAGUAUAAAGAGGGAAAAGUUGAGUGAGACAAAGGCUGAUUUCUACACAACACCCAAUAGUGGUGGUGGUGGUGCAUCAACAACGGACCUUGAUGUGAAGCAGGGAAAAUUGACGGGGGAAUGUGUACCGAAAGAGCGUAAAAAGCGAAGAUCCAGCUCCGGAAGUGGAUGCAUAAAGAGUAGUAAGAAGCGUAAGAAUGGAUCACAAAAUGAAUUAAUUCACGAAACACCACCAACGAAUCACGAUAGGAUAGAGACUGUUGUGUACAGAGAUGUGGAGAAGAAGAUCUACUAUUCAUACUUUGAAUGUACAAAUGAAAGUGAUAGCGGCAGGGAGGAUAACAUUACAAUUAAUUGCAGGGGUCAGAGUACAUACUUGCUGGAGGCACAACGUCUAAAACAUGCUGCCGACAAGGAGACUGAGCACUUGGCCCAGGCAAUGACCUACCUAGAAGCGGUACUCUAUUUCAUAUUGACGGGUGAUGCCAUGGAGAAGGAAUCUCUAACAGAGCGAUCAGCUUUUACAAUGUAUAAAGAUACUCUGAAGCUCAUAAGGUACAUUUCGUCAAAGUUUCGAAGUCAACAGCAAGUUCAUACGAUGCAGGGAAAUAUUCACAGUAAAGUGGCAAUUUUGAGUUUACGGUGCCAGUCGCUGCUGUAUUUGAAGCUCUAUCGAAUGUGCAAAGUAGAAGUGAGGGACGUACAAAAGAUUAUUGGGGAGCACACAACAAAGCGCAAUACUGAUUUACCAAAUGGAAAUACUCCAUCUCCAAUAUCACCAUCUACGGCUGUUCAGGGACAAAAUAUGGGUGGAACAACUGGUGGCCAAAUGGUUUCACAUCAGGUCUACAAUGCAUUUCAGCGACAACACACUUUUCUCCAUUAUUUAGUCAAUUGCCAUGAUUAUUGGGAUCAAGCUGAUAUUCUUGUAACAAAAGGAAAUCACACAGAAUUUUUUAUCAACUUGGACCACGAAAAUGGACCCAUGACGCUUCACAGUUCAAUGUCAGGUGCUGUUAAGUACGUUAAAGCCGGUCUGCAGAAAUUGCGGCAAACGUGUCAAGUAUGAGAAUAUCUUGACAAUUUGAAUUAAUAAUUUUAUAUAUAUUUUUUUUAUUAUAUUAUUUCUUCUAAUUAUUAUUAUUAUUUAAUCGUAAUUUAGCGUAUUUGGGGUUUUUUUUUUUCUAAAGAAAUCUUUCUUUACAAAAAAAAAACUUUAAAUGUGCAUCAAUUUUUGAAAUUUCUUUUGUUUUCUAAAAGAAAAGAAAAACAAGAUCAUAUUAUAAUCACUUAAUGGACUUCUAAAGAAAGAAAAAAAAUAAUGAAAGACAUGAAAUCCGGAAAAGCUGUGGGGUAAAAAGAUUUAUUCUUAUCUUUUUUUUUAUAUUAACUACAAUUUAGAUAGUUUUUGAAAUAUAAAUAGGAAUGUGUUAUUUUUUUUUGUUAUUUUAUUUAUUUUUUUAUUAUUUAAGUGAAGAGAAAAACUCAAUGUUUUUAUACGGAAACUUGUAUAAAAGAAAUAUUAUGCAGUAUCGUUUCAAACUUAAAGAAAUAACGAUCAUUUUGACUUUGCAAACCUCUUUUCAUUUGACUUUAAAAGAUUGAGAGUUUGUUUACAAUUUGAUAUUUAAAUUUUUAAAUUGUUUUGCCUACAAAUAGAAUUAGAUUUUUUAAAAGAUUUCAACAGAAAAGAUUUUUUUCUUUAAAUUUAUUAAGAAAAGUUUGCAAAGGAAAUUUUGACGUAAAAAAACAAGAAAAGAUUUGGAACAAUACUGUACUACCUAAUAUUGUUUUAGCAAUUUUAAAUAAUGAGAAAUAAACCUGUAGGUAACUUCUUCGGGAUAAGAGUAGGGAAAAAAAAGAGAGUUAUAUAAAAUAAUGAUAAUAUAUUUAAAAUAAAGAAAAAUAAAACACAAAGAAGUCAUUUAAAGUGAAUUUUUCUGUAAAUAUUACUUUGAUAUUAAAAAAAAAACAGAAAGAAAAUGCGAGAGAACUUUUACAUAAACUAUAGGCAUUGUAUAAAGCAGUUUUAUAGAUUAUAAUUUUAGGGAUUUUUUUUUAAUCUAAUAGCAAUUACUUAAUUUUCUAAUUUAUUUUAUUUUUCAUAGAAACAAAAAAAACUGCUAAUGUAGGAUAAAUUACAAAAUUUGCAGCAGCUCUAUUUUUUCUGAAAUUUAAAUAUUUAUAUGUAUAAAUACAUGUGAGAAAAAAUACAAUGAAAGUUUUCAAUCAAAAGUUACUAUCAAAAGUGAAGGAAAUCCAACUUUUUUUUUCACGGCCAUUUAGGGAGUUCAGAAGGAUGAUAAAAUGAGAAUCUUUCAAUAAGGGGGGUCUCUUUUGCGAGCUGGUGAAGUUAAAUGUUUUUAUUUUUCUUGGGGUUUUUCUUAAACUUGGUUUUCAAGUGUUGGCCACAUUUAAAGACUAAUUAUUGAAGAGUAAGAAAAUCACUUUCUGCCAUCUUGUGAUUUUCCUCAAAACUCAAAGGUAGGUUUAUCUCAGGAUAUACUGGGUGGAUUUUCAUGGGGUAAAAAACAAAUGAAAGAGGAAUCAUUAGCAAAGAAUGUACCGGAACAAUUUUUUGAAUUUCGACUAGGACGUUGAGAAAAGUCAAUAAGAAUAUUUAUCUACUUUUCUCAACUUCUGAGUCGAAAUUCAAAAAUCUGUUCUGGUACAUUCUUUGCUAGUUCUUCCUCUUUCAUUUGCUUUUUACCCCAUCAAAAUCCAUCCAGUAGAUCCUGAGAAAAACCAACUUUUGUGUUUUAGGGUAGUUCUGUAGGAAAGUCGGAAAAUCACAAGAUGGCGUCGCACAUAAGAUGGCGAAAAGUGAUUUUCUUACAUUUCAAUAAAUAGGCUACAAAUGUAACCAACAUCGGAAAACCAGGUUUAAGAAAAACCUCAAAAAUUAUAACAUUAAAAAUGUGAAAAUUCCUAACAAUUUUCCUUAGAGACCCCCCUUAAGCCAAUUUAUUUAAAAAUAAAGUUUUUUUUUCAACAUUUGUGUGUGAAAUAUAGCAUUGAUGCAGGUUAGAGGAGAGACAAUAAAUCAAACAUUUCAAUUUUCUCAAAUGAAAAAAGGAAGAAAAGUAAAUAGGAAAUUUUCAAUCACAACCACAAAGUCCAUACGUUAACUCAUUUACCUCUCGAUGUGUAUUUCAUUGUAUCCCCGCAAAUCUCUCUGUAAACAUAAAUAUUCCUUUUUCUAUAAACACACAAAACACAAAUAAUGGGAAUUUUUUUUUACAAAAAAUCUGUAUUUCCUAAAUGUUGCUCAUAGCAGUGUAAAAAAAAACAAGAAAUAAUUUGAACAGGAAUAGGGACGGAAGAUUGAGCGAAAAAAAAAUUUUUCAGCUGUGAUUCUAUCAGAAAUCAACUCAAAUUAUUGAAUUACGCAAACUAAAGCGGCUCAAAUUUAAGUUUAAGAUCGUCCGAACGUUAAGAGUGGGUGAAGUUUGAAUGAAAUUAAAAAAAAUAUUUCAAAUUUAUUGCAUUUAUCUACCAAAUGCUCAAGCUAUUGGUCAAAUUAUAAACCUCAAACUCAUUUUGGAAGAAUUCUGAACUAAAUUUUCAUUUUUCUUUUUGGUUUCUUAUGUUUGACCCUAAAGAAAAUUUCAUCCUUUGAUUUUUUUUUAAUAAGGGUCCACAAAAAUAAUUGUGGGGUCCCAAUAAUUAAAUUCUAGCUUAGCUGACUUCAAAUUUAUCUUCCAAAAUGUUGAAUUGACUAUUUUAAUGAAUCACAGCUGUAUAAGAGAAAUAGAUUACCUGCGUCUCUGUCUUAGAAAGGAAGAAGAAAAAAACCUGAAAGAACCAUAAAUAGGAUUAAAGAAAAAGAAAUUACCUUACGUAUACCAAGAGUGAGAAUUAAAUGGUAAACUAUGUGUUAUCGAUGACAUUCUAAAGAAGUUUGAUCGAGUUAAAGAAAUUUGUUUGGUUUUAUUAUUUUUUCUAUCUAUGUUUUUAUUUUUUGAAUAAUUUUAAAUAGUCUGAUAAUAUUUUUUGCGCAGAGUCAAAAAUUUUUAGUUGAUUUCUUAUCUUUUACUUAUUAUUUCAUGAAUAUUUUCAUUCAAAAAAUAUAAUGAAUUAUUGGAUUUCUUUUAAAAGUUUUUUUUACUUCUAUUUUAAUUUUUUGAAAAACAAAAAAAAAACAAUUUGCAAUUCCUCUGUAGGAUCACUUGAAAUCGCUUUUUAGGGACGCUUGUCAGGGAAUUCUAAGAAUAAAAAAAUAAAUAAAUUUCCUUAACCAAGAUUUAAACAAAUCUUUCUCCUUUCUUUUUACGUUUAAAAUAAAAAUCUUUGAUCUAUUAUUAAAAUUUCUUUUAAAUCGUUUGAAAGUUAUAUUUUGGAAUAAUAUUUUGGAAUUUUUGAAUGUUUUAUUAAGCAAAGCUUGAUUGCAAAAAUAUCUAUGAGAUUUUCUUAAUGUAUACAAGUAUUUGGUUCUCUUCUAAAUUAUAUCUUUUUUUUUAAUAAAUAAAUAAAAUCAAUAUUUUUUUUUGUUUUUUUUUAUUUGAAACGGGACCAAACUAUUUAUUUUACCGAAAACUAUAAUUUUUCCUAAAAUGUUUAUUUGAUUUUAAUUUUCAUUUCAAAAAGUGACUAAUUGAAAUGAUAAAAGAAAUAAGUAAUUAAUUGUGCAUAAAAACCGUUUAAAUUGAAUUUAAAAAAAAAAAGAGGAAAAAGUCACUGAAAGGGGAAUUCAAACUACCAACUCAAUAAAAGGGAGAAAUUUGAUUAAAAAAAAAGUUAAUCAAACACCAAAUAGUUUGGUAUUAAAACUAUUAAAAAUAAUAAAAUACUUUCUCUAUAAGGUAUAGAGGAAGAAUUUGUUAAUAUGUAGUGAGCCGAGAUAAAUUAAUAUGGGAAUUUUGGGAAAAGAUAGAUGCAGCAAAAAGAAAGAAUCUAGUGCAUUGUGUAUAUAGUUAGAAGGUGAAACGAUGCAAAUGUAGUUAUUACAUAAAAAUAAAUUUUUAUAUUAAAAAAAAUGAACACACACAAGAUUAAGCGAAAUGAAGCAAAGAGAAA